ACAACUUCUCCGGUCCAGACACUCUUCUUGAGCCCCCGAAGAAGAAGAAGCAGAAGAAGCACCCAGCCAGCGAGUCCCUCCUGUCGGCGGGAGGAGAGCGAGCAUGGAGCAGCCGAGCACCGCGGUCCCUGCUGGGGGCUCGACUGGGAAAUGGUAGCGUGCUGUGGGGGACCGCACUGGGAAGGACCAUGGUCGAGAGGAGCAGCAAAUUCUUGUUGAUCGUCGUCGGGUCCGUGUGUUUCAUGCUGAUCCUCUAUCAGUACGUGGCUCCCGGGGUGAUCAAUUUCGGCUCCCCGCACGGGUACUUCACGGAGGAGGACGAGGGGGACAUCUUCCCCACGCCGGACCCCCACUACGUCAAGAAAUACUACUUCCCCGUGCGGGACCUGGAGAGGACGAUCGACUUCGAAAUCAAAGGCGAGGACGUGAUCGUGUUUUUGCACAUCCAGAAGACCGGGGGGACUACGUUCGGCCGGCACCUGGUGCAGAAUGUCCGCCUGGAGGUGCCGUGCGACUGCAGACCGGGCCAGAAGAAGUGUACCUGCUACCGGCCGAACCGCAAGGAGACCUGGCUCUUCUCCCGGUUCUCCACCGGCUGGAGCUGCGGCUUGCACGCCGACUGGACCGAGCUCACCAACUGUGUGCCGGGGGUCCUCAACAAGAAGGAGAACAAGCUGAUGAAGCUGAGGAAGUUCUACUACAUCACUCUGCUGAGGGAUCCUGUGUCUCGAUACCUCAGCGAGUGGAGGCACGUGCAGCGGGGCGCCACAUGGAAAACCUCCCUCCACAUGUGUGAUGGACGGACCCCGACGCCCGAGGAGCUGCCCUCCUGCUACGAGGGAUCGGACUGGUCGGGCUGCACCCUGCAGCAGUUCAUGGACUGUCCGUACAACCUGGCCAACAACAGACAGGUGCGUAUGCUGGCAGACCUGAGCCUAGUCGGCUGCUACAACAUGUCCACAGUUCCAGAGAAGAAACGGGCCCAACUUCUCCUGGAGUCGGCCAAGAAGAACCUGAGAGACAUGGCCUUCUUCGGCCUGACGGAGUACCAGAGGAAAACCCAGUUCCUGUUUGAACGCACCUUCAGGUUGCGCUUCAUCAGGCCCUUCAUGCAAUACAACAGCACCCGGGCAGCAGGGGUGGACCUGGAUAAUACUACGGUCCAGCGCAUUGAGGAGUUGAACGAGCUGGACAUGGAGCUGUACGACUACGCCAGGGACCUGUUCCAGCAGCGCUACCAGUACACCCGGCAGCAGGAGCGGCGGCAGCAGCGCAUCAAGCUCCACAUGCAGCAGAGCCACCAGGGCCUGGGCCUGGGCGUCAGCCUGUGGCCCUCCCGCAGCCGGCAGAGCUCGGUGUCAACACUGGAGGACGGCGAGAGGGAGAGGGAGGAGCGGGAGGAGGGCGAGGAGGGAGGGCGAACGGAGGAGGCCGGCAGCAGGCUCCCCACUGAGGACUACAUGAACCAGAUCAUCAACCGCUGGUAGCAGCAGAAGAAUGAGAACAAACACACAGACAUGCAUAUGUAAUGUGAAAUGCAUACACAUAAACACACACACGUACACUGACACACACGGAAGGUGGCGCCGGCAUCAAAGACCCAAAUGAAUGGAAAAGACUUUACCGAGAGUUGGGCUGCAGGGAUGAGAGUGGUUGCUAUGGAGACCAGGGCUUGGUCGAUUGCAUCAGCUCAUGUUACUGAGGUUUGCCCAGUUGUUAUUAGCACCUGCUUACCCUGUCCCCCCCCCCUCUGAGUCACUCUGUCGCUCUCAUCAUCAUUAGUGACUGAGCGGUUGAGAGAUAUUUUUAAGAGCUGCUGACAACCGAGUAUCUCGUUCACCUCUCCAGCUUCCUCCUCCUCCUCCUCCCACCGUGUCCCCUCUCGUUCUCUGUGGUCUGAUAAUGGAGCAUGAGAAAAAUAAAAAUUUUAAAUCUGUGAAUUCCCGCUAAUCCUCGCUAAGGACCGGUCUACUUCCUGGAUGCUCCAGUUUCAAAGGAACCCGUGGAAAAGCUAUGAAAGCGCGAGUAGCUGAGCUGAACAUUGCAAACGGUGGGAGUACAUGAGAGACUGUGCCGCAAAGAGAAGAAGUUGUACUGAGUUGUGUAAUAAAGCUUUUCUGCUUCAAAAAAAUCUGCCAUUUCAACCAUGAACAGUCAUGAAAUAGUGACUCUCAUUCUCGGAUGAUUUCAUUUGUAUUUUAACUUUUUGUGUUUUGUUUUUUUGUUGUUUUUUUUGCUUUCUUAAAAGCAAAAUUGUAAUAACACUGAGACCAAUAUUGCUGCCUAAAGAAAAGUGAUUCCUUUGUUUCUUUAUUUUUGUUUU